GUGUUUCACCAGCGCCAUAACAUACUUGUAGGCCUUGUCGCACUGAUCGCACUUGUAGUAGUUGUCAUCGUCGUCUAUCCUGUUUCUUAUUGUUUUUCGAGCAUAAAAAUAUACCUGAUGUAACUACGGCGCCGGCACAAUGCUUCCCCCAAAUAUUUGCCGCACUUGUGCGGUCCAGAACACGGACUUACGGCCACUGUCCACCUGUCUGGCCAAAGACGCCUCAAAAAGUUUCUAUGAUGUGCUCCAGGAGCUAACGCAAAUCGAUCCCCUGGUUGAGAGCUCGGGUGACAGUCUGCCGCAACAUCUCUGCACCGAGUGCCUGGCGAGAUUGGAAAGUGCCUAUGCUUUUGUGGAACAGGCCAGAAAAGUCAAUGGCGAGCUCUUGGUUCGUUUGCGGGAAUGCCUCGAAGAAAUGCCCAUUGACAUUCCGCAGGAGGAGCAGCAUAUCAAAACCGAAGUAGAUAUCGAUGAGGCGACUCCCAAGUUUGUUGUGGAUUCCCCAGGAAUAUCACCUGUGGAGUUCAAAUGGCAGCCGGAAAGUGACAGCGAUGAGGAACCUGCUGAAGCAGCAGUCAGUGAUGAGAAUCAGGCCGAGAAGAAGCCCUAUUCCCUGCGACGUAGUUCACGGAAACUCAAGCAGCCUGUGGAGAGCGAUACUGAGGAAUUGGAGUUACCAUUAGAACCAUCGCCCAUCAAACGCCGUCGUGGCCGUCCGCCCGGCCCGGCCAAGCGCCAGUCUAUGACCUCCGAUGGCCGCCAUGCCUGCAAGGUGUGCGGCAAGACCUUCUCCUGGUUCCGCGAUAUGCAGCGCCAUGCCCGCAUCCAUUUCGAGAAAUCCAACGCUUACGUAUGCGACACCUGCGGCAAGGGAUUCUUGCGCAAGGACAAGUACACAUUCCACCUGCGCUGUCACGAAAAGCGCGAUGCCAAAAGCAAGGCUCUGGAGCUGGGUAACGAAUGGCGCUUCGCCGAACGGCUUUACAGUUCCGGCAGGCUAAAGAGAAUUGAGUGCAAGCUGUGUGGCUUGAAGUGCCCGCGAAUUCAAGAGCUCAGAACUCACUUGGUCAGCCAUCAGAAUGUGGAGAGCCUGUCCCAGUUGAGGGAGAAUAGCGAUGUAAUCAAGGAGCACUAUGCCGAGCUUCUAAACAACUUGGAAGGCGCCAAGCAGCACAUUAUCAAGGACAUAGAGGCAGGGCACUUGGACAAGUUUGCUUCCGUGGUGAAUAUUCAUGGCUACGAGUUGGGAUUAUGUGACUCGGACGAGGAAUCACCCGGCGGAGAGUCCAAAUAUGAAUGCACAAUGUGCAAUCUCUCCUUUUCCAGGAAACAUCAAAUGGUGAGGCACACACUGGAGGAGCACGCCCAAUCCUCUACUUCAGAGCUUCCCUGGCAACGCUGCAGCUUUUGUAAAGUCGGAUUCCUGUGCUCCAGACUGUACGAGUGCCAUGUAAACACCCAGUGUCAAAGCAAACUAAAGCGAUAUCGCUGCCCCAAGUGUCCGGGGAAGUUUAUGUGGCCGGAGAAUCAGCACAGGCACGCUUGCUCACAUAGUCACGAGGAAACCACGUCUGCCCGCCACAUCUCCUGCUCCUUGUGCGAUGAAACGCUGCCCAGUUUGGCCCAAUUGCGCAUACACCUGGUUACCCACCAGAAUAAUAUCAAUCCGGAGCAAAAUUCCACCUUCUUUCGUUCGUUCUAUCCCAACGGAUUGGACUGCACUCCGGAGGAGCUGGGUGUUCGCGUAGCCGAGGACUUUGAGGUGCAGGACUUUGAUCGCUACUACAAUGCGUGCACGGGCAGUGGCCAAGAGCUGGAUCUCUUUGAUUCCGAGACGGAGCAGAGCGGCAACGACCGGGAGGAGGACGAGAAGCCCACCUCCCACACCUGUUUGCUGUGUGGAAAGGUCACAAACAGACUAACGACCCUGCUGCAGCACCAGAACAACGCCCAUUCAAGGGCCACGACGACUGAGUUGCCUUGUUCCUGCCAGGAUUGUGGCGCUAGCUUUAUAAGUGAUGCCCUGCUGCUGCAGCACCGCCGCCGGAUCUGUGGCAAGAAACAUUUCCGCCAUCACUGCCAGAGUUGCAAUUUGCGGUUCAUCUGGCCAAGCAACUACGAACUGCAUCUGAAGACCCACCAUUGCCAAGGGGAGGAGGAGCAACUCCUGGAGGGUGAGCAUCGGGACGCCAAGUUGCAGUGCGAUGAGUGCGAAAAGGUCUUUGUCUGGCACAAGGAUCUCACGCGUCACAAGCGGCUGCACCUGCCUCAGUCGGCGCAGUUCGAGUGUCCGCACUGCGAUCGAAAGUUCCACCGCAAGGAUGGCCUAAAGUCUCACCUGCGUGUGCACUCCGAAGAGCAGCCUCUUAUAACCGAGAGUAGUCAGGUUCUUGCCCUGCUCUCCCGUCCUCAUGGCUCCAAGCAGAUCCAGUGCAUGAUAUGUCUCUCCCGCCACUCCAAGAUCUCUGAUUUGCGAGCACACCUGGCCGCCCAUCAGUACGGAUUGAACUUCUCCGAGGAGACCGAUAUCUCCCAUAUCUCAAAGGCGCUGCAUCCGGAAGUGGGUACAAUCUUGGACAGAGAUGAACUGGCGGAUAGAAUUAUGGCUGAUGUGGAAAACGGAUUCGAGUUGGAACGAUUUAUUUCCAUUACCAAUGAGGCUGGCUUGGAGCUCAACUUGGACAGCAGCGAGACGGACACGGGAUCCGAGCAAGAGGAGGAACAGCUUUCCAGCGUGAAAUAUGCCUGCCAGCUAUGUCCCACGGUGGUGAACAGAAAGCAUAAGCUUUAUGCCCACCAAGGGGAGACUCAUCAGUGGGAGGAGGCACCGUUUAUUUGCUCCCACUGUCAGGCUAGGUUUGUCAGCGAAUCCCUGCUAGAACAUCACUCCAGGACCUUUUGCGGUAACGCCCAGAAGCGCUUUCAGUGCCGCAAAUGCCCGCUCCGCUUCCGCUGGCAAGAGAACCUGAAGCAACACCUACAUCUGUCCCAUCAGCAGGCUGAGAUGCCACCGGCAGAGGACUCUACGCAAUCGGAAACCGAAUUUCAAUGCGGCGAAUGCCAGCGAACGUUCAAGAUGCAGAAGGAUCUCACGCGGCACACCAUGAUGCAUGCCCGGGAGGCCACGGUCUACCGUUGCCGUUGGUGUGCUCGUCGUUUCUACCGCUGGGCCAAUCUCCUGCAGCACAUCGCGCGCCAUGGCAUCCGAGCUAGUGAGUUGCACUAUGCCGAGGCUCUGCUGGACUCCUACGGACAUCCAGGCGGGCAGAAAACUGUGGAGUGCCGGGUGUGCAAUGUCAGUUUCGCUAGUAUAGCCGCCCUGCGUCUGCAUCUGGAAACCAUGCCGGCGGGGAGCCAUCACGAGCUCUCCUCGUUGAAGAACUACUCGAUCACCAACCAAAUGGGCUUUGAACUGGAGCUCCAGGAUUCGGAAACUGAUGAGGAGCAGUCGAAGCCGCCCGGAGUACCUGCCUACUAUACGUGCGGCAUGUGCCAGCUGAGGUGCGUGCGAAAGUUCGAGCUGCAACAGCACCAGCAGGCCAUGCACCGCCUGGAGAAGAUUCCCGAUGGCUGCGACCAGUGCAUCUUCAAAAGCGUCUGCCCCGAUCUCAUUGCCCAUCACAAGAGGACGCAGUGCGGCAACCGGGAGAAGCAGUUCACGUGCUCUCGCUGCGGCUACAAGUUCAUGUGGGAGUCGAACCUGCUGACGCACAUGCAGCUGCAGCACGGCAAGACGGACAAUCCGGAGCAGGAGGAAGGCAAAGAGCCUUCGCCGGAAGAGCCAAAGGCCGGGAGCCCGGUUUUCCAGUGUGCCCUCUGCCCGAGGAAGUACAACCGAAAGGACCGUCUCUCAGCGCACGUUAAAAAGUUCCAUGGGCCCGAUGGCCGGGGCCCCGAUGUGGUCAAGGUUCGUCCUGCCAGAGCCGCCUCCCCCAAGGAACCGAAGCGCUUCCUGUGCGCUUUCUGCGGCAAGGCGGUCAGUUCCUCCUCCAACCUGAUCAUCCAUAUGCGUCGCCAUACCGGCGAGAAGCCUUUCAAGUGCGAGUUCUGCUCCAUGGCCUUCCCACGAUCCUCGGACCUUAUGUGCCACCGACGAACGCAUACCGGAGAGCGGCCGCACGUGUGUACCGUCUGCCAGAAGGGAUUCGCCCGCUCCUACAAGCUGCAGCAGCACAUGCGCAUCCACAGCGGCGAGCGGCCGUACAAGUGCACCUAUUGCGAGAAGAGCUUCACCCAGUCCAACGACCUGACACUCCACAUCCGUCGGCACACAGGCGAGCGGCCAUAUCAGUGCGGCAUCUGCGGGGAGCGUUUCAUCCAGGGAACAGCGCUGAAGAAUCAUCGCCUGCAGCAGGGCCACUACGAGGAGGGUCAGACUUCUGGGGAGCCUGCAAGGCGCACGGUUUUGGAACAGUUUACUGUAUGAGAUUGGGGAAUAAAAAUUCGGUUCAUAAAAA